AUGCUCCGCCGUUUAGCCUCCAAAACAACGAUGACGGCUGCUGCGCCUCUGCUGGCCAGCACCCGUAACUACAACUUCUUCGUCUUCCAGAACCCCGUUCGCCGCCCGCAGCUCUCGCCGGAGGAACGGGCCAAGGUGCAGAUCAACUACGCCGAGUGGCCCGAGGAGUUCCGUAACUUCGACCCGGAAGACCCGUACAAGAACUCACCUGAGAUUAUUGAAGGACUCAGCAGCUGGAACCUCUUCCUGUGGGGUGUCGAGUGCGCCUUCAUCUACCAGUUCUACGAAGUGGUCUUCCCCAAGAGCAUCUAA